AUGACUAAAAAGGUGACAACAAUGAAGCUCAAGGUUGAUCUCCAGCAUGUGAAAUGCUGCAAGAAGGUCAAGAAUGUUCUCUGUCAAUUCCCUCAACAGGCGUUCAAUGAGAAGCAGGACAUUGUGAACAUUAAAGUAGUGUGCUGUAGCCCAAAGAAGAUUGGGGAUCAGCGUUUCCGUAAAGGUUGUAGCACCAUCAUGAGCAUCGAAAUUGUGGAGCCAGAGAAGCCAAGGCUCAAGUUCCAAAAACCUGUUGAGAAGGAAAAGCCUAAGUGCCAAGAGCCCACCAGCCCUUUGAAGCCUCCAUCGAAGACGUGUAAAAAGCCUGAAAUCCCUAAGACCAAAUCCCCACCAUGCGAGUUGGUACAACCACUAGGUCCGGAUAGAACGUGCUGUGUUCCGUGCUUUGAAGGCCAGCAUGGUGGGCCAUGCUUUGAGGGUUAUAGUCCGCCCAAGUUAGGACCGACACCUAUUCCGGAUAAAAUGUGUUGUGUUCCAUGCUAUGAAGGCCGGUGUGAUUUUACACGUGUGCCGCGGCGUAUUGACAUGCCUGCUGCGGCCCAUGGUACAGAAAGUCCCAUUGAAAUUUAA